AGUGCAUGUGGAAAAUUCUUUGCUCACAACUCUGUUCUCAUGAAACACAGGAAUUCACACUGGAGAAAGGCCGUAUGAGUGCAGUGAAUGUGGGAAAUCUUUUAUUUGAGGUUCUGGCCUCAUUCAACACCAGAGAGGUCAUACAGGACAGGAGCAAGGUCUUCUGAGUGUGCUGAAUGUGGGCAGUGCUUUAGCCAAAGCUCCACGCUCAUUCAACACCGGAGAGUUCACACUGGAGAAAGGCCUUAUGAAUGUGGUAAAUGUGGCAAACCCUUUAGCCGUAGCUCCACUCUGAUUCAACACCGAAGAUCUCAUACUGGAGAAAGACCUUAUAAGUGUACUGAAUGUGAGAAAUCCUUUCGCCAAAGAUCUGGGCUCAUUCAGCAUCAAAGAGGUCAUAUUGGAGCAACACCUUACGAGUGUGAAGAGUGUGGGAAAUUCUUUAGUCAAAGCUCUGGACUCAUUCAACACAGAGUCCACACUGGAGAAAGGCCUUAUGAAUGCAGUGAAUGUGGAAAAUUCCUUAGCAGUCACUCUCAUCUUAAUGUGCACAAGAGACUUCACACAGGAGAAAACCCUUAUGAGUGUAGUGUAUGUGGGAAGUCUUUCAACCAAAGCGCUACCCUUAUUCAACAUCACACAGAGUUCACAGGAGCAAGACCUUAUGAGUGUGUCCUAUGUGGGAAGUCUUUUUGUCAAAGUGCCAGCCUUGUUCAACAAUGAAAUCUUCACAGCAGAGAAAGACCUCAUGAGAGUAGCAAAUGUGAAAGCCUUCAUCCCAAGAGCUAGCAUCAUUCAUAUAAGAAAAAUCGCAAGCUUAAAAGGUCUCUCACAUGCAGGGAAUGUACUUAUUCUUUGGUCAGUAAAAUGGCCCUUGAGAGACCUUGUGAGGGAGCCAUCAGCUUGAUGAACCUCACACUUCUAAACCAGAAUUGUGAUUCCCUUAGUUCCAGGCUUGUGCAAAGCAUUGACAAACUUCAUUGCACUUUGUGCACAUCCCAGGAUUCAUCACUGCCAGCGUCUAUAGCAGAAGCCGUGCCAACGCUAUCGUCUUGCAGGCUCUCUUCUCUCUCAGUAACUCCAGCAUGCU